AUGAUCCAGCAGCUGGGCAUGCUGAGAGACGCCAUGCACCGAGGCUAUUACACACUCGACGCCUUCAGGUACCAGCCUCACUAUGGAGAGGAUGACAGUGAUCAAGUUGUGAGUCGAUUUAUGUCCCUAUCCAAGGUAGCCUCUGCAAAGCAUCCCUAUUUCUUCAGUCAAACUGCACAGUUUCGGGAACAGCUACAAGAGGCACUAGACAGAUUGAGCUCCAUGAUUGUUGAUCUGAAUGAGUUGGUCAUGUUCUUGGCGAGCUACCCUCGUCUGUGUCGCCAACCUUACAGCAUGCAUAUCCUACUGGGUAACUGCAUGUUUGGUCGCCAGGUGGAAGCAGAACUUGUCAUUAAAUUUCUGCUGCACACACAGCCUCAUAGUUCUCAAGAGUUGGAGGUCCUGCCAAUUGUCGGUCCACCCAGAGUCGGCAAGAGUACCCUAGUCGCUCAUGUUUGCAAGGAUGAAAGAGUCCAAGAUUAUUUCUCAGAAAUCUUGUGGCUGAAUGACCUUGAUUUUAAAGAUGACGAGCUAGCUUUCAGACAAGGAUAUGCGAUGAAACAUCAAAAUCAAGUGUCAAACUCGAACAAAGGCAAGAGAUUGCUAGUUGUUAUAGAACUAUCUAGAAAUCUCUAUGAAGAUGCUUGGAGUAGGUUCUAUCUUGCUUCCAAACGGAGCUUUUGUUGCGGGAGUAAAAUCAUAGUCACAAGCCGUUUAGACAGAGUUGCAAAAUUUGGAACAGCACAGGCUCUAACUCUAAAGCACCUAUCACAUGAAGCAUACUGGUAUUUCUUCAAGACACUUACAUUUGGAAGCAUGGAUCCCGAGACACACCCAAGACUUGCACAACUGUCCAUGGAGAUAGCCAGAACUCAGAAACGUUCGAUCAUUGGCGCAUACAUCACCUCUUAUUUGUUGAGGAGCAAUUUUGACAUCAAUUUUUGGUGCAAGGUUCUGAACUUCUGGAGAGGGAUCAUCCGGAAGCAUGUCUCCAAAUUCGGCGCGCAUCCAUCUGAACUUUUCGACCAAAACAGAUAUGUACAGAUUGGAAGAAUGACUGCACCUUCUGAAGAUUUUAUGCUUUGUCGUCGGUAUCAGCACUCUUCCCAAGAGGAGGUUCCAGAGAUAAGAGUCCAAGAUAUCCUGUAUGGAAGCAUUAAGCUUCAUGGGAAAUUUGAGGUCCUAUUAUGGAGAUCUCAGAUACCACCGUACUAUAGCUAUCUUUGUGAGAUUCGAGAGCGAAAGGCUACAGGUGCCAAGAGGAAGCGUUCUAUGAAAGAUGGAGUCACAUUUUGUUAA